AUGGUAUGUUGUACCAUCGUCUACACCGAAGCCGUUAGUUUUAGAAAUAAUGAUAAUGUAAAUGAUGAUGAAUUUGCAACUGAAGAAACAUCGAAAGAAUCAAAAUUGGAUAAUGUUGUUGGUCCCGUGGUAUUUAAUAGUAAUUCAGUUUAUAAAACAAAAUAUGAUGGCAGUGUUAAAUCGUCACCAACGCAUAAAAAGAGACAUUAUCGUCGAUUCAAAUUUAAUCAAAUUCAAAAACGGAGAAAAGCACCUUCAAGCGAUUGGAAAAAUACUAAAAAUAUGGACACUAUUUUAGAUGGUCCUUAUGAAGGGAAAGAACAUCGAUACCAUCACCUUCUCGAGUUUAUUGAUAGAGGAGAUUUUUUAAGGAGAAAAAGAAAAAAUAAAGGAAAACACUAUGCAACCAAUUCGUAUAAAAAAGCAACAACAAAAAGAAAAUUUGGUAACGAAACUUACAAAGAAACAUCAAAAAAAUUAAAUUUUACCACAACUCGACCUAGCAUUACAAAAUUCGUUGUUCAUAAAUCGAAUGGUACAAAAAAAAGGUUGCAUAAAUACAAAGUGGUAAAUAGUAAUGAUAAGGUUAUUGGUUUAACAACGAAAAGAAUUUCUGGGUCGAUUGGAACAUCAAAACAACCGAAAAUUUAUUCAAAAAAGGUAAAACACAGUCAUGAAUUAACACAAGAUUAUUCUAAUGAAUUAUAUGAAGAUAAGCAAAAUGAUGUGGAAGAAUUAAGUUUGGAAACGACGCCGCUUGGAAUAAGAGAUUUAAAAGGAAAACAAGGAAUAUUUAAAUUAAAAAUGUUACAACAACAUAUAUCCGAUCAGAAACAAAGUGAUAAACCGUUUGAAGAAAAAAAUAAUAAAUUAGAAGAUAAAUUUCGAUAUAAAACGUAUCCUAAUAAUUAUUUGGAUUUUCCAAAUGAAAAUGAUCUAAUAACCGAUAAUGUGAUAACAGAGAAUGUCUUAACAAAUAAUGUGAUAACUGAUGAUGUGAUAUCUGAUGAUAUAAUAACUGAUAAUGUAAUAAAUGAAAAUCUUGAAAAGAAUGGUAUUGAUUCAACAAAUUUAAAUGAACUGUGUCCAUCAGAUCCCAACACACAAAUACUUCAUGAACAAAUGCUUUUACAACCUUUAGAUAUAAAAUCAACUGAAACGUCAUCUGAAAAAAACUCGGAUACAACAUCAAUUACAUCCUCACCUAACACCCAGAGUCUUAAUAAAAAUGAUUUUAAAGUAAAUAAUAUAUGUCAUCCCACGAAAAAAGCUCCCGCUAUGGAUACUGAUGUUGAUUUUAUAAACGAUAUUGGAGCUAAUUUAAAUAAUCCGGAAACGACGAGAUAUAAAUAUGCGAAAGCGACAAAAUUUACAACUGUAAGCAGUCUAAAUACAAAAAAUGCAACUACAAAGAAGAAUGGUUACGUAUUCUUUAAGAAUAUGGAUAAAAUUAAGCAAACGAAUGAUAAUUUAAGCAAUUCCAGUAAAUCAAGUUCAACAAAUGCGUAUUCCAGUAAGAAUUUUACGAAGAGUGGAAAAAAAUCUUCUGCGAAAGAAAAUAAAUCGACGAAAAAAGUUAACAUCACUAAUCAAACCGCAACCCCUUCGAAGAAAGUUCAGAAAUCAACUGCUUCCUGGUCACCUAUGAUUUCAUUGGAUUCAAAUUCUGAUAAAAAAAACGAUAAAAUCCAAGCAAGUACUAAACGUUCGGUUUUGCCAUCGGAUAUGUUUCGAGUUAUGGACGAUACAUCUUCUCUAAUUCCAAAUGAUGAAGGUUGUACCGUGUUAAUUCAUCAACCGCAUCAAGACGAAACAUUAAUCCAUAAAGAAUUUCAUGUCAAUCCAAUUGAUGGUAAUCGCGAUGUUCCAAAAAAGUUUUUCCAGUCAAAAUCAGGGAUGCAAUUACAAAAACUUGAUGAUCAUCAAUUAAAAAAUGUUGGGAUGGUUUAUCCCCAUUUAAAUGGAAAAAUGCAUAGCGUCAGAAUACUUAAUUUAGAUAAAACUACCCGUAUUCCAAUUUCUCCAAUUGAUGCAACUGUAAGAUCUACGUUAAUAAGAAAUAAGUUAAAACCAACAUUUAAGGGAAGAAUUUCAAAAAUAGAUAACGAUAAAAUGUUUUUUGGAAAUGAUGGUCAAUUGGAGGUUUACUCAAAGAAUCUUUAUUUUAGUAAUAGUGAUGAGGCAGGGGGGACAACAUCUUCUGAUGAUUCUAAUUCUGCAUCAGCAGAAAAUUCUACAGAAAGUUCAACUUCUUCGGAAAGUCACGAUAAAGAUUCUACAACAUCUUCAACAUCUUCGGAAAAUCAUGAUUCUGGUGAUCAUAAAACGGUUCACGAAGAAUCAAAAGAUACACAUAAUGAUUUACCUGCAAGUUUAUUAAAUACGAGUUGUUUAGUUUUUAUAAGUACUGAUCAAUCUAUGUUGGAUCAGUUAAAAGAACAGUAUACAAAAAUGCCUAAUGUUGUUGUUGGGAGUAUUAAUAAAGUUACAUUAAAUGCAACUGCUUCGCAUGAUGAUAAGGUUAUCAAAUAUAAAAAUAAGAAUGAGGAUAAUAAGAAGGAUAAUAAGCAGAAUAUUAAAGGAAGUGUGUUAUCGAAAAAUAAUAAAUUAAUGCAAGAGAUGAAACACUCCACUAAUAAAAAAUCGAAACCAUUUAUGUUAAGUAGUACACCCAAAACAGUUUUUAUUCAGAACAAAACGAAACUUGGAAAUAAAUAUGAAGAUGUAGAAAAUAUUUUAUCCAACGUUCCUGAAGAAAAGAAAACAGGAUCCGAUGAAAAUAAGGUUGGAACAUCAAAAUUAAAAAAUGUAACAUCUUCAGUUAUAAAAACAGGGAAAGUGGAAGAUUCUUCUUCAGAACCUAGUGAAAUUGGCGAAAGUAAAACGCAACAAAUGAUAUGUGAAACAAUUUGCCAUCCAGUUUCAAUGAAUGAUGCAACAAGUAGUCAAGUGGGUUUAACAAAUCCAGAAAUAUAUGAGUCAAGUGAAAGUCAAGCGAAUGAAGAAGAUAAACAGGGAGAUGGUCAAGAAGAAAAUCAAGCAGGAAAUCAAGAAGAUAAUCAAAACGUAAAUCAAGAUGAAAAUCAGGAAGAUAAUCAAACAAAUAAUUUCCAAACAACAUUAAUAUCAAGUGAAGUAAUGCCUAAUAAAGAUGAUUUGGAAGAAAAUAAAUCAAAUGAAAAUAUGGCAAUAAGAUUAAAUCAACCAAUGCCAACAUCCGUUUGUUUUUCUUUACCUAAUUCUUCUGGUGGUUUAAGAAUUAGUCCAGAUAAUCAAAUAAUUACUACUCAAAAUCAACUGAUUCCUGAAAAUAAUGAGAUUGAAGAAAAUUUGGGUGAAUGUGUCAAUAAUACUGAAGGUUCAAUAAAAGAUUUAAUAACAGAUACGGUUGAAAAUGUUAAAUUACCCCCCAUAACAGAAUCAAAUUUAAAAUUUGGACACAGUUUUUUAGUUGACGACGAAGAUAAUGAAGAAAACGUUAAUGAUGAAAACGUUAAAUUAAUUCCGUCGAAAAUCAACGAAAACAGAGAUGCCCCGUUAAUUGAGUUAAAAUUAGAAUUAGGACCACAAAGUUUAAACACGGAUGGGUUAUUAUUUUCUAAUCCAUCGAUUGAAGAUGAUUUAAUUAACGAGAAAGGUCCUAUUAUAACCGUUAAUGGACAAAGUAAUUUAAUUCCUUUCAAUCAUCUUUUUUUAACACAACAACACCUAACGGAUCGAUCCGUAAAAAGUGCAAACUUAGACAAUGAACAUGUUCCAACUGGGAUCGAAAAAAAAUUAUCUAAAGGCGAUGUAUUAAACGCUGCUUGCCAAAUUGUCGUUGAUAGCCCAAAUUCUUUGAAAAUUAUUGGUCCAAGCGAUUUAACUAACUAUAAAUUAAGUGAGUUGCAUAUUAAUACAAUCCGUCCUAAAGGAAGUUUAAAACAUAACUUUAAUCAAUCAACGGAAAAAGUUGUUGAGAUAACCGAAAAACCACAAAUACAAAAAUUUUCGCAAUCACCUUACGAAAUUGACCCAUCAAAUUACAAUCCUUUCAUUAAUAUCAACUCAAAUACUUCCAUCAUCCAAGUGAACAUAACAACUCCUUUAACUGAUUCACAAUUAAAUGAUUUAAGCCCAAUUAUUCAAUCGGAAUAUGGAAAUAACGACAAAAAUUUCCCAACCUUAUCACCCCAAAACAUUGAUGUAAUUGCUAAUACAGUUGCGCAUUCAGUUAGUGAUGUAUUACAAGAAAUGUUUGGUUGUAACACAGGUGAAAUGGCUAUAACCCCAAGAAUUGAAGGAAACGUUUUUUCAAAAUCAAAUUCGAAUCCUAACGUUAACGUUAAAGUUAUCGACACCGAUAAUGAUCGUAAAGAAUUUGAUGCGUUUUCUAAACAAUACGAACAUAAUUUAAAUAAAACAGAUAAAAAUGACCACGUUAAAAUUAAUUCUGGUUAUAAAAAGCAAUCGAAUUCGUCUGUGAAUGUUAAUAAUUCGAGUUUGGUGCAAAAAAAUCCUGAAAUAUUAACAUUUUCAAAAAAUAAUGCAAAUAAGAGUUUAGUUGAUUUGAAUAAUUAUAAUUCGUGCGAUUUAUUAAAAAAUUGUUCUAACGUUAAUUUGGUUGAUGUAAUGAGGAAUGUUAAAACUAGAAAACCGUUUAAUUAUUUGGAUGUAACGAAUCCACCUAAUUAUAACUUUAAUUUUCAAAAAAACGACGAUUUAAAUGGGUUUAAUAAGCAAGAGAUAAUUUAUGUCCCAAAAGAAAAUAAAUAUAGUAAUGCGAAACCCUCUGAAAUAAUUAUGCACCCAGAAAAUUAUAAACCCAUGAAAAUUGUUUAUCCGGCGAAUCCGGCCAAACCACCAGUACCAGUUAGUUCUUUUCUAAAUAGUGGAGAAGUGGUAAAAAUAAAUAAAACUGAACCAGUACCAAGCGAUAUAGAAUCUUUAUAUGCAAAUCAAAUUUCAAAAAACUUGGAUGAUCUCAAAAUUAAUAGUUACCAAGAUUCAUUAACCCAAAAUUUUAUGCCUUAUACAGAAUCUAAUUUAAGAAGAUCUUCUUAUAUCGGCGAAUAUGAAAAUAAUUUUGAAUUACCAACCGAAUCGAAUGAAUACCGCGAAAAUAUCGAACCAAACGCUUACACCAUAGCUAGAGAAAUUUGUAUCCCGGAUGAUUCGCAUAUUGAUUCAUUUUCUAUUGGUUUGGGUAAAAAUUUCGAUAACAAAGUUGUUGAUUUUACAUCAGAAAGCACAAAGAUGCAAACGACCAAUAUGGAUUUACAGUUAAUUCCUAAUGACGAAAACGAAGUUGAUGAUUUUUUUAGGUUGAGGUACCCGCAAAAUUUAGCGAAUUUCGUAAACGGUGAGAUUUAUAAGGGAGGCGAUUCUAGGGUUAAAAAGGUACCAAACCUAAAUUUAACACAAGAUCAACUUAAUUAUUUUAUUCCAAAACGGCGAUAUCACAGCAAUAAAUUAAUUCAAGAAAAUAAUUUAAUUGAUAAAUUAUCGAAGUCGCAUAAUUCAAAAUUUUUAAAAGUCGACAAUGUUAAUGAUCAUAAUAUUAAUGUGGAUGAUCAAGAAGAUGAAGAUGAUAGCAGUUAUGACGAACUAACUGAUUCGAAUUCUACCAAGAAAGUGAAAAAUACGAAAAAGAAAGAAUUGAAACAUCUCAAUCACCAGGAGAAACAACCAUCGAUUUAA